CAGUGUCAUACAGAUAUUUCUUCGCCAAGUUUGCCAAUAAUUUUGAGUUUGACUCAAGUUUAUUUAUUCGUAUUUUUAUACUUUAGCUUUAGUUAUUAUUCAUUUGCGUAGUAACAAUGAUGAAGUCAUCAGCGUAGUGGUGAGAUAAGUGUUAUGCAGUGAAUUUCGUAAAUUGCUUAGAAAGCCUCCGCGAUGUGGGAAGACCUUAUAGAAUAUUUAAAUGACCCAUUAUUAGUAGUUAAGGUUCAAAAUUUUUUUGGUGUCAUUUAUAAAAAUAUAUCUCAUGAGGGCUCUGCUGAAAGAACUCAUUCGGACAGAAUAAAUAGAGAAAAUGAAGAAUUUGAUUUAAAGCAACAUAAAAGAAUUCCCAGCAAUAUAUCAAGUAGCUCGCAAUCUUCAUAUGACACGGAUACCUCCACAGAGAGUACCGGCAGAGAGGAGGUGGUGUGUCACAUUAAUAACAAGUUUUGGUAUUGGUUGUUUGUUGUGGGCACAGCACUUGGAGAUGAAAUUUUCUAUGUAACAUUCAUACCUUUCUGGUUUUGGAACAUAGAUGGAGCUGUAGGAAGAAGAGUUAUCCUGGUCUGGACUAUUGUUAUGUAUAUAGGUCAGGGUUCCAAGGAUAUAAUACGAUGGCCGCGACCCGGGUACCCGGUGCAGAAGUUGCAGCAGAAGUGGUCGGCGGAGUACGGCAUGCCUUCCACCCACGCCAUGGUCGGCGUUUCAAUUCCGUUCUCCGUGCUGCUUUACACUAUGGACCGGUACCGCUAUCCGGCGCACUGGGGCCUCAUCAUCGCCGUCGCCUGGUGCACGCUCAUCUGCGUCAGCAGGGUCUACCUCGGCAUGCACAGUGUGCUGGACAUAGCGGGAGGCCUGGUGCUGGCGGGCGCGCUAAUGGUGCCGCUGAUACCGCUGGUGGACUGGCUGGACGGCGUGCUGCUGACCGCGCCCUACGCGCCCGUGCUCGUGCUGACCGUCUCCGUGUUGCUUGUGGUGUACCACCCGCACGCCGAUAAGUGGACACCCACCAGAGGAGACACGACGAUGAUAGUGAGCGUGUGCGCGGGCAUUCUGACGGGCUCGUGGAUCAACUACCAGCUGGGCAAUCUGUCGGCGAGCGCGGCCGGCCCGCCCUACGACAUCAUCUGGCCGGGGGCCGCCAUGCUGGGCUGCGCUGCGCUGCGCACCGUGCUCGGCCUGUGCGGCCUGCUGGCCACGCGCGCCAUCGCCAAGUCCGCCUCCUACGCGCUCGUCUGCGCGCUGCUGGGCCGCGAUCUGCGCGCGCUGCGCUCCUCCGAGAACAGUCUGCGCAACACGCACAAGAUCCUCGCCGAGCUCUGCUACAAGUACUUCACCUACGCCGUCAUCGGCCUCAACACCACCUACGUCUUCCCCAACGUGUUCUACCUGCUGCGCAUCAACCGCCCCACAUACUACACGGAGAUAUGAUGCGCCCGCGCUCGCCC